AUGAUCGGGCGACUGGUUCCGACGGGGAGUUCUCACGGCACGGGAUCUUGCACGCUGGGAUUGCUCUCCGCCUCUCUCUCCGCGUCACGCGCGCACACAACAGAUCCCGCCAUGCUCGCGUGUAUCUUCCCGCCUCUCCCUGCUGCUUCCCCCCUUGCCACGCCCACUGCCUCCUCCUCCUCUCCCGCCGUCGCAUGCGCUUCGGCUCGAACUCCCUGCUUCAUCUCCUCUCCCUCCUCGUCUCUCCCACUCUACUCGCCUUACUCACCCUACCCAACCUACUCAUCUUACUCAUCUUCCUCGUCCUCCUCAUCCUCCUUUCCACCCACCUGCGCGUCCUUCACUUCCCCGUUUCUGCACCCGCGCCCCGCACCCUCCGGUCGCGCCUCCGCCGCUAGCAUCUCAACCCCACGCAGCGCCAGCGGAGCCGUCAGUCUAAGCGGUCAAUUGAGUGCCAGCUCAAACAGCAGCUCAACCGGCAGUUUAAACGGCAGUAGCUUAAGCGGCAGUCUAAGCAGCAGCCUGCAUGGCAGUGUAAGCGGCAGCGGAAGCUGGUCCCGUCACAGUAGAGAAGCAGCGCGUGGGGCAAGAAGGGGAAGCGGGGACGUGGGGGAUCGGCGGAGAGGAUUACCUGCUACCGCCGCGUCAGCUACAGCCUUAAUCUCCGCGGACGGGGGAGGCGGGGGCGGAGGCGGGGGAGGGGAAGGGGCAGGCGGGCGCUUGAAAGGCGGAGCAGCAGCAGCAGCUGUGGGGGGGAAUGGGAUAGGCGUGUCGUGGGCGUGGAGAGGAGGCGGGGGAGAGAUGAGCGGGGAGGGCGCGGAGGCGAGAGGCGGAGCGGCGGAUGGGGGAGUGGUGGGGCUGCUGCAGCAGCUGCCGCUGCGGAGGUUCCUCGUGUGGGCUUUAGUGGCCGGGCUUGUCAUCCAGUUACGAGAGUUCCUGGGGAUAAUGAUGGGCACAUACGUGCUCAGCGUGGUGGCGAAUGCAGCAGUGGAGGGAGCGCAGAGGGUGCUGCCAGCCAAGCGGCGCCUGCUAGUGGCGCUGCUCUAUGCCUUCGCCCUCGCCGCCCUCCUCGCCCUCGGCUUUGCCUACCUGCCCCCGCUAUACAACACCGCCACACAGCUAAUUCUGAACAUCCAGGGCGAGGAUGCAUACUCAUGGAUAGCCACGCGCAUGCGAGCAGAGUUCGGAGACACAUUCACGGAGCAGGGUGCGGGGGGCGUGGCGAUGGCAGCGCACCCGUCAGCGGCGCUGAGGCAGGUGUUCAAGAAGUAUGCCGGCAGCAUGCUCUCUCUGCUUGCCACCGCCUUUGCUGCCACUGGCCGCUUCCUGCUCAAGUCGCUUGUGAGUCUCAUUCUCUCGGCCAUGAUAGUGUGGGACCUGCCGUCCCUCGCCCGCGGCAUGCAGUCGCUGCAGACGUCCCGCUUCGCCCCCAUCUAUGACGAGCUCGCUCCCGUGGUGCUAACCUUUGGGCGUAUCUUCUGCCGGGCUCUCGAGGCGCAGAGUCUGAUAGCGGUGGUGAACACGGCGCUCACCUUCCUGGGCAUGAUGCUGCUCAACAUCCACGGCAUCCUCGUGCUCUCUGCGGUCGUCUUUGUCUUCUCCUUUGUUCCCGUCGCCGGGGUCGUCAUCUCCACCGUCCCCAUGGGCCUCGUCGCUCUCUCCGAGGGCGGGGUAGUGAAGGUGGUACUGGUGGUGCUGAUGGUAGUGCUCAUGCAUGCACUCGAAGCAUACAUCCUCAACCCUGCCAUCUACUCCGCCCAUCUGAAGCUCCACCCCAUCCUCACACUUGCAGUGCUGCUGGUAGCAGAGCACGCCAUGGGCGUGUGGGGCCUACUGGUCGCCGUACCCCUUACAAAACCUGAGGUGCAUGCACAUGCUGUCCUCCCCAUGCUCACCUCUCCGUAA